GAAUGCGGUUUUCCAAUGGCAGCUGCACGCUGGCAGGCAUGCAGGAGGCGCUGAUCAGCGAUAUUGAGCGCAUUGCAAGCACCUGGUACUGGCAGUGCUAUCAUAAUGACAGUAUGGCCUGACUUCCCGAUGCUAUGCGCAACACUGGGAUAUGACACGACUACAACGUUGUUACUCCGCGCUCCUCCAUGGGCCUUCGCGACUAUAGUGGCAUUUGCUCUUCAUUGUACUCUGACAAGAAGCAGAGGCGUUACAAAUACUUUGCUGCCUCCAUUGGCAAUGCACUCGGUACCCUCAGUUGCAUUCAUCACAUCGAUCUUUACGAUGAACAAGGGGGGACCCGGCCGCCAAAGCUGCGCGCUAUAUUUCGUUGUUCCUGAUGGCUCAGCUCGUCGCUGGAUAUCUGGUGCUCUGGGGGACCUGGGGUGGGUCAACAACACUUUCGCCAGAGAACCUGCGAAGCGAGCCGUUGCUAUUGCUUUGAUUAACACAAUAGGGCAGAUAGGCAAUAUUGUUGGACCGUAUGCAUGGCCGUCGAAAUGGGGCCCAACAUGUCGUUAUUCCUAUGCCGUCGGCAUCGCAGCAAUUGGGGUUUCCACAACCAUGCUCGGUGGGAUGCAUCUUUAUUUGAAGCAUCUGAAUGAGCAGAUUGAGAGGAACGAGAAUGCGAAGGGUAUUAAAGAGCAUCAGGGGGCGGGGCCAGUCGGUUUUAGAUAUUUGGUGUAGUUGAGGACAGAUCGUUUCCGAACGUGCGUUUUUUGCUCUUUGUCUGCUGACGCGCGAGGGGGCC